UCGUUGUGCCAGAGCAGCAACAAGUGCUCCGCUAUAGCUGAAUCUGAAUCCGCAUCCGAAUCGCAAGCCGUAGCUGUGGCUGAAGCGCAACAAGUGCUCCAGAGACUUCCAGUGUGCAUCGGAGGCUGAGGCCGAGAGAUAAAUCCAAAUUAGGUCCGCAAUUCUAUUAAAUUAAAAGAGGGUCCAACGGAGCGCAAUAAAUUAAUUAAGGCGGAGAUAAAAUUGCAACUGCAGUGGCUGCCAAGAGUUUUAGCGGGCGAAAGUGAAAGCGACCAGGAACAGAACCAGGAACAGGUGACAGAAUGCUGCUCAAAGGUGCUCAGCUGCUGCGAUGCGGCUUGGUCUCCCCGCAUCGGAUCUACAACUUCCGGCUGACCUGUCGCUUUCUCUCCGUCCAGUACGGGGACGCCAAGGUCCUGACCCCCGCAGUCAAGCAGUAUGUGGAGAAGUGCGUGGAUCUCUGUCAGCCGGAGCGGGUGCACAUCUGCGAUGGAACCGAGAGCGAGAGCCAGUUGCUCCAGGGACUCAUGCUCAAGCAGGGAACCAUUGUUCCUCUGCCCAAAUACGAGAACUGCUGGCUGGCCCGCACCAACCCCGCGGACGUGGCUCGAGUGGAGGGCAAGACCUUCAUCUCCACGGACUGCAAGGAACAGACCGUUCCGGUGACGGAGAAGGCGACCCCGGGAAUGCUGGGCAACUGGAUGGCGGAGCAGGACCUGCAGGCGGCCAUUAAGGAGCGAUUCCCCGGCUGCAUGAAGGGACGCACCAUGUACGUUAUCCCCUUCAGCAUGGGCCCAGUGGGGUCGCCGCUCUCGAAGAUCGGCAUCGAGAUCACAGACUCACCCUACGUGGUGGAGUCCAUGAAGAUCAUGACCAGGGCGGGAAAUCCAGUGCUGAAAUAUCUGCAGAGUGGUGAUGGUCAGUUUGUCAAAUGCCUGCACUCGGUGGGUACGCCCAAUAGCGGUGUCCAGGCCAUGCCCUCCUGGCCCUGCGAUCCCGAGCGCACCAUUGUCCUGCACAAGCCAGCGGAGAAUGAGAUUGUGUCCUACGGAUCUGGCUAUGGUGGUAACUCGCUGCUGGGCAAAAAGUGCUUUGCGCUGAGGAUUGGCAGCACCAUUGCCAAGCGCGAGGGCUGGCUGGCCGAGCACAUGCUGAUCCUGGGCAUCACCAAUCCGCAGGGCAAGAAGAUCUACAUAGCUGCCGCCUUUCCCUCUGCCUGUGGCAAGACCAACCUGGCCAUGAUGACACCCACACUGCCCGGCUACAAGGUGGAGUGCGUGGGUGACGACAUCGCCUGGAUGAAGUUCGACAAAAAGGGAGUGCUGCGUGCCAUCAACCCGGAGAAUGGCUUCUUUGGCGUGGCUCCAGGCACCUCGAGGGCCACCAACCCCAUAGCCAUGGACACGAUAUUCCGGAACUCGGUCUUCACGAAUGUGGCCUCUACAUCGGAUGGAGGGGUUUACUGGGAGGGAAUGGAGAAGGAGCAGCUGAAGGGGGUCACGGUCACCGACUGGCUGGGCAAACUCUGGUCCCAGGAGUCCGGAAAAGCGGCUGCUCAUCCCAACUCCCGCUUCUGCACACCCGCCUCGCAGUGCCCCAUCAUAGAUCCCGCCUGGGAGGACAGCGAGGGAGUGCCCAUUUCCGCCAUUCUCUUCGGAGGACGUCGUCCCACAGGGGUUCCCCUGGUCUACGAGGCUCGCGACUGGAAGCAUGGUGUCUUUAUUGGAGCGGCCAUGAGAAGUGAGGCCACCGCAGCUGCUGAGUUCAAGGGCAAGGUCAUCAUGCACGAUCCCUUCGCCAUGAGACCCUUCUUCGGCUACAACUUUGGGGACUAUCUGGGUCACUGGCUGAGCAUGGAGCAGCGCGGGAAGGUGCCCAAGAUCUUCCACGUGAACUGGUUCCGCAAGAGCAGCGACGGCAAGUUCCUGUGGCCCGGAUUUGGGGACAACUCCAGAGUAUUGGACUGGAUCUUCCGGCGAGUGGAGAGCGAGCAGUGCUUCCAGGAGUCUCCCAUCGGCCGCCUGCCCACCAAGGACUCCCUGAACCUGGAGCGUUUAGGGGAAAACAUUGAUCUCGAGCAGCUGUUCGAUCUGCCAAAGGACUUCUGGGAGCAGGAGGUGGCUGCCAUCGAGAAGUACUUCGAGGAGCAGGUGGGCCACCACCUGCCAGGUCCCGUGGCCGAGCAGCUGAGGGAACUGAAGGCGCGUGUGGCGGACAUGUGAUGUGCCUGUUCCAUAGGUUAGCCCCUAAUCUAAGACCCCUUAUUGCCUAAAAUAAAACGAAACGAACGAGAUUUUUAUAGCGAAA